AUGUCCUCUCGGUUGCACUCAGCCAACCCCUGCUGCUGUGAGGUGAAAAGCUGACUCCUAAGUCGCCGUGAACGAUUCGCCCGAUGAUCAACCAGAAAUUUUGUCCCUCACCGGAUCCCCUCCAAGGCACUGAGGCGGCUUUUCUGCGUCGCGGAGGGAUUUCGCACCCCAAGAUAAUUCCGCAUGGAAGGGUUUCGGGGGGAUUGGAGUAGAAAUGCAGCGCUGUGCUUCCAGCCCACAACAAGAACCAUGCCCAACUUACACUGCAAGCACAUCGGUGACAUCCUGUUUUAUCCCUUACGAAUCUGAUAGGAGUGAAAUCCGCUCGGACACCGACGAGGAGUGAGGAGAAGGGGGAGCCGCAGCACCGUGCCAGCUGAAGGAGGACGCUGUUUCCGCUGCGAGAGGACCCGCUGAAAAAAAACAAACCCCCACCAACCUCUGCAUUUAGGAUCUUCUGGUUUUUCAUGGAGCUGGAGAACAUAGUAGCCAACACUGUACUGCUAAAAGCGAGAGAGGGUGGAGGCGGAAAACGGAAAGGAAGGAGCAAAAAAUGGAAGGAGAUCCUUCGCUUCCCCCAUAUAAGCCAGUGUGUUAACAUGAGUAAAACUGUUGAGCGGGAUUAUGCCAGCAUCUGUGAGAAACAGCCGAUUGGGCGGCUUCUCUUUCGCCAGUACUGUGAGACCAAACUCAUCUUGCAGCGGUGCAUCCAGCUACUGGACGCAAUGGAAGACUAUGAGGUGACCCCAGAUGAAAAGAGGAAAAGCAGAGGGGAGCAGAUCAUCAAGACAUUUCUCUCAAAACAAUCGCCGCAGCGAGUUGACGUAGCGGAGGUUUUUGCAGAGCGAUGCAGAGAGAACCUGGAGCUCAGUCCUUGUAAGGAGAUCUUCAGCGACUGCCGCAAGGCUGCCCACGAGUACCUGAGUGGAGCUCCGUUUGCAGACUAUCAGAACAGCAUGUACUUUGACCGCUUCCUGCAGUGGAAGAUGCUGGAAAGGCAGCCAAUCACUAAAGACACGUUCAGACAGUAUCGAGUGCUGGGGAAGGGGGGAUUCGGAGAGGUGUGUGCAUGCCAGGUCAGAGCCACAGGGAAGAUGUACGCGUGCAAAAAACUGGAGAAGAAGAGAAUCAAGAAGAGGAAAGGAGAGUCCAUGGCGCUCAACGAGAAGCUGAUUUUGGAGAAGGUCAACAGUAGAUUUGUUGUGAGUUUAGCGUACGCGUACGAGACCAAAGACGCUCUGUGUCUGGUGCUGACCAUCAUGAACGGCGGAGACCUGAAGUUCCACAUCUACAACAUGGGCACGCCGGGCUUCGACAAAGACCGGGUCCAGUUUUACGCUGCUCAGAUCUGCUGUGGGCUCGAACAUUUGCACAGAGAAUCCAUUGUCUACAGAGAUUUGAAACCGGAGAACAUCCUAUUAGAUGACAAUGGUCACAUUCGUAUUUCUGACCUGGGUCUGGCCAUCAAAGUGCCUGAUGGAGAACUCAUCAGAGGGCGGGUGGGGACGGUCGGCUACAUGGCGCCGGAGGUAAUCAAUAAUGAGAAGUACGCCAUGAGUCCCGACUGGUGGGGACUGGGCUGCCUCGUUUAUGAGAUGACCGCCGGAAGAUCGCCUUUCCGCGCUCGCAAAGAGCGAGUGAAGCGAGAGGAGGUGGAGAGAAGGGUGCAGGAGGAAGAGGAGGAGUACAGCGACAAGUUUACGGAGGACGCCAAGGCAAUCUGUAGAAUGCUGCUCACCAAAGACCCUAAGCAGAGGCUGGGGUGCAGUGCGAACGGGGCGGCGGGCGUCAAGGCCCACUCAUUCUUCAAAAACAUCAACUUCAAGAGGAUGGAGGCAGGAAUAGUGGAGCCCCCCUUUGUGCCUGAUCCUCGGGCAGUGUACUGUAAGGAUGUUUUGGACAUAGAGCAGUUCUCCACUGUCAAGGGAGUAAAUUUGGACCAAACUGACAACGACUUCUACUCCAAAUUUGCUACAGGCAGUGUUUCCAUCCCAUGGCAGAAUGAGAUGAUAGAAACAGAGUGUUUCAGAGAUCUGAAUGUGUUCGGGCCUCAAGGAACGAGACCUCCAGAUCUGGACUGGAAUCAGCCGCCUGAGCCACCCAGACGUAGCCUGCUGGACAGGAUCUUCAGGAGGCAUCACCCAGAGGUGUCUAUCUCCAACAGCCGUGUGCAGUCUUCCAGUGUGAAUUCUGUGGACUCCAUGUCCAACUCUGCCCCCUAGUGGCGCAGUGACAGUGCGGGAGCCACACACAACGUAAACACGCACUAAACAGAAAGGGAAGGAGCUCGG